UAAACCGUAUACUGGAUGGGAUUAUAUAGCCCACUUUGGUGAAGAUGCUUGGGAUAAAGUUUAUCAAGCUCGGUUAGCUCGUCAUCGCAAUAUCCUUCUUAGGCUAUUCACCGGGCGCCUUCCUAAUUUAUCUGAACAAGCAAAAAAUGGAUUAUUUGACGCAUUUUCUAGAUGUGAUGCAUUUGGAGUAUUAGAACACAACGCACUAUUGGAUGCGCUAGCUCAUCCCGUGGAAGGUUUAAGUCUUUCAAGAUAUUAA